AUGACAAGCCAAGCAGUGAGGUAUACGCCGCAACCUGCCCACGGCGGCCUCUCAAGGACGCGCGACGCCGAGUUCUGGUUCGACGACGGGAACAUCGUACUCCUGGCGCGCGGCGUUGAAUUCCGCAUCUACAAAGGCAUCCUUGCCGAGUUUUCCCCCGUCUUCCACGACAUGUUCUCAUUCCCCCAACCCACACCGACCGUGACCACGUCCAAGUCAGCUUUCGCCGCUGCCACGGACCCGUGUCCCAUCGUCGACCUCCCUGACUCUCCAGAGGAUCUGCGGCACAUUCUGCGAGUCUGUAUGCCUAAAAGCGGUUCCAGCCUGUUCAAGCUGAAAAGCCCCUCAUACCACAUGAUCUCUGCGAUCAUUCGUCUUGGACACAAGUACCAGAUGGACGACCUUGUCAACGACGCGGUAGACUACCUGAAGCGAUGGUACACGUUCAUCCUCGAAGAAUGGGCUGAGGGCCGUCUCUAUGCCCCAGACGCGCCCUUUGAGCCUGAGAAGGCCCACGCAAUCGGCGUCGUCAACCUUGCCCGUCUAGUCGACGAACCACUGCUUCUCCCAUCCGCGCUCCUGAUGUGCUGCUCGCUCAACUGCGCGGACAUCGUCAAAGGCUUUACGCGGGAGGACGGUACGCGCGAGAUGCUGUCUUUGGACGACAUCGGGCGAUGCUUCGCGGCGCGCACAAAGUUCUCAGAGUACGUACUACUUUUCCUCGUCGCCCGCACCUCUGAGCCGCUUGUCGCAACCGACUGCGCGGCCCCAGCGGAGUGCCAGGAAGCCCUGUGA